GCAAAGGUAUCAUGAAUUCAGGCCUUGCAGAACAGACUGCUUCCCCAGCAACUGCUGAUCCUCUGUGUGUAUCAACAGACUAGAUCUCAGCUCAGUAUACAAAGGCCUGCUUGAUGCUUUGCUCUCCUAGCAAUGCAUCUCACAGAUCUUAAUCAAGAGUGCCUGCUUCAUCUUUUUUCAUUUUUGGAUAAAGGCAGUCGGCAGAACCUGUCUCUGGCCUGCAAGCGCCUCAGAGAAGCCUUUCUGGACCCUCAGCUCUGGUCUCUGCUCAACUUUUUCUCCCCUAGCGAACUUACAAGGAAUAACUUCAUCCUUGGACCAUUUUUGAGGCACCUGAAUAUAUGCUGGCAUUCCAGCAGGGUCAAAGUGUGUAACAUUGAAGACUAUAAGAAGACAACAUUCCAGAGGGACCUUUGCAGUAAGCAUGCGAGCCUGGUGAGCCAUUUCCUGGAGCGUGUCUGCCAAAUGUGUCCAAACUUGCUGUCUCUAAACCUGUCUGGUUGUGGACAUAUCACAGAUGGAGACGUGAUCAACGUGCUACGCUCUUGCAGGCGACUGCGGCACCUGUGUCUAGAGAACUGCUGCCGCGUGACGGACGCUGUGCUGCAAGCAGUGGUAACCCAUGGAGGCAGUCUGGAGGAAGUGAGGAUGGAUUUCUGCAGGAAUGUAACACACACAGGGCUGCAGACUUGCAGAGAGAAGAGGCCUGCAGUUCGGCUAGUUGCUGAUCGGAGUGCAGGGAUGAUACCUGACACUGAGCCUGGGGGAAAACUGCACAUCAGUAGGGCACUGCAGAAAAUCCUCAUCUUUUCCUGAGAGCUAAGAAUAAUGAGAAAAUUAGAUGUUUUUUUCUGAGGAAUCAAGGCACAAUGAUCUGAUUUUUUUUUUCUUCUAUAAUUUGGGAUUCAAUAAUGGGAUUCAUUAUAUUCAGAUGUCUUGUUAUUUUUAAUUUUUGUUUUUAUUAAAAUUUUUGUUACUCAGGUAUUAACAUUAUUCAAAAUGAUGUGAUUUUUUCCCUUUUUUCCUUCUUUAAAUACCUGUAUUUAAUACCAUUAAUUUCAAACUUUAUUAAAACAAAAAUGUCAUUUUUUUCAUCACUUCUAGCAUGCAGUUCAGAAUCAGCUUCUUUAAUUUAAUCCAAAAUGUAGAGAAUGUUCCAAACACUACAUUUCUUCUACUCAGAACACACUAAAUGGUAUCACGAUUAAAUUUUCAAGCUAAUACACAUAGAUUACUUCAGUGAUUUAAGAGGACUGCCUGCCUUAGCUCACUUUGUUCAUAACGUGGGCCUGUUUAUGUAACUGAAUGUCCUUACUUGGAUUUGCUCUGCCAUGGUGCAUUCACUGUUUGUAUCAGUCUCAUUAUUCUUCCCCGAAACACUCCACACUACAAUGCACAGUAAUGCUCAGAUAUGAACCUGAUUCUUGUUCAAGGAUACUGUGAUCGCAUUACCAGCUCCAUUCGAAAUAGUAUCUAGCAACCAUAGUGCUGUUCUGAGUAGUGGGUGUGUUGUUUCACCCUACAAAAAUAAGUGAAUGGUUGUUUAUAGACCGACAUGUUUUUGCUUACAUGAUCACGGGUCUACAUGAUUCAUUCAGCCAUAGAGACUGUAGAUAUUGGACAAGAUCCGAGUUCCGCUGCCAGGCUGCUUGCCCAAACAAAACCGGUGGAGUGGAGAGAGGACAGCGAGAGUCUCAUUUCGCUUUUAAUGCAGGGAUAGGACAGAGAAGUGGAGCUGUCGCUUCAGACACAGAGAGCACUGAGCUCAUGUCUCAGCACACAAAGGUUAACUGAGGGUGUGCUGGGCUGGCUUUCUGCCAUAGGGCUGAUUAGGAAUGUUAUGUAAAAGAGUUGGAGGCGGAACCGCUGUAGCCUGGUUUGUGAAGAUGCCACGUGACGCCACUUCAUUUUUAAAGUGUUGUACUAGACGAAACCGGUUUCAUUAGAGGGGCGCUCUCUGUGUUUCACCUAUAGACCGUUGUUUUAUAUACUAUUAUUUCAAGAAUAAUGCUGUAUAAUGUGGUUAUUCUAUGAAUGAGAUGCAUAAUCUCACCGUCUGAUAUUACAUCUACAAUUAUGUGUGUAAAACAAAAGUAAAAGCCAAAUUAAUCCUUGGCAAAAAA